UGUUUCAGAAAGCUUUAUAUUGCUGAUGCAAGACCUAGGAAAAAUGCUUUAGCAAAUGGAGCAAUGGGAGGUGGCUCGGAAUCAUCUUCAAAUUAUUUCCAGUCUGAGAUAGUAUUUUUUGGGAUUGACAAUAUACAUGCAAUGAGAGAUAGCUUUGCUCGGCUUAGAGACUAUCUGGAUACCCAUGGUGCUGCAUCUUCAGAUGGAAUGUCAUCAUUCUUGAGACAUGGUGGUUGGACAUGGGGUGGAGGUAAUCUCAGUAGUAUGUCUGCAUCAGUAUCCACCCUUGGAGACAGUGGUUGGUUAAUACAUGUCCAGAGUGUCUUGGCUGGUUCAGCUUGGAUUGCUGCACGUGUUGCUUUGGAGUCUGCAUCAGUUCUUGUUCACUGCAG